AGCGGGAAGCCUCCGACGUUGGAAUAACCGCCUUUUCCGUGGGGAAAGUCAACAAAAGAGGAUUUUAAAAGGAGGAAUCUGAAGUUAGCGGUAAUGGAUCUUGAUGGUUCGGCCAAUGAGGAGGAAGAGGAGGCCAGCCAGGAGGGAGAAGAAGAUGCCAACAGGAGCAAACAUGAAGGAGAGACCAUAGUUGAGGGUCAAGUGGAAGUUUGAACACAUGACGGUACGCUGGUAGUCCCGGUAGACAUCAACCACGUCCAGAACUUCGAUCCACAGCACGAACAUCACCACCACGCACAGCAGGAAGAACCCUGGGAGGACAUGAACGAUUUUAAUUGUAUCAUAUGAACAAAAAGAUACAGUGAGAUGAUUUUACCCGAUGCCAGGAAGAAGCUACCACCCGUUUUGUACAAGCAGUGGUUGGCAAAGGGGGCUGCACAGAUGAUGAUGAAGCCACCGAGAAUCACAGCUGCCACGCCGAUGAGCAUGAAGAUGCUCCAGAAGCCUCUGUAGACUGAGAAGCAUGCAUCGUUAUACCAUGGAAUUAUCACCAUCGAAAAUGAUAACACUCACUUAUGGCGGAUUCGUAAGCGGUGGCGUUGUGGGUGUGAUGGGACACCGGGAAUGGGAAGAGCCUCCCGGCAUUUUAAAUUCCACAGCUUCUCACAAAGGUCCUCCUUCAUGGUGCUGGAGGGGCCACCAUCCAAGUCAACAUCAAAAAAGUCACAAUAAGGUCAUCAUCCUGCACGUUGCCCCCAAAGGAACACCUCCAGAAGAAGCCCUCGUGGUACAGCGUGACCCCACUGGUGACAUUCUGCACCACUAUGUCUCCAGGCUGCAAGAGGAAAGGACAUCGUCAACUGUUGAGGAGCUGGAGACUAUCCCAGCUGCCACAACAAAGGUGUAUUACACCUGUCAAUCAAUUGUGAAUGGACCAUAGAUUCCACUUGGGACUUGUUUGGGGUGAGCAUGAUCAUCCCGCUGCUGAGUCAUCACGUCAAAGCUUUGGGAGCCAGUCCUACUGUUGCUGGUAUUGUAGGGUCCACAUAUGGCGUCUUGCAGCUGUUCUCAAGCACAAUAGUGGGCAGCUGGAGUGACGUGGUGGGUCGUCGUCAGUCUCUGUUGACGUGCUUGCUGCUCAGCGCUCUGGGCUACAGUCUACUGGGAAUGUCCACCACCAUCGCUUUGUUCGUGCUCUCGCGGAUCCCUGUAGGGCUGUUCAAGCACUCCCUCUCCAUCUGCAGAGCUCUGCUCUCUGACCUGGCAUCUGAGGCCGAGCGCCCCCUGGUGAUGGGACACUUCAACGCCGCCUCCAGUGUAGGCUUCAUUCUGGGCCCCAUGGUGGGCGGCUACCUCACUGAGCACGAGGGCGGCUUCUACACGUCGGCUUUUGUUUGCGCCGCCAUUUUUCUUACCAAUGCAGGUCUGGUAUGGAUGCUUCCAUGGAGGGACAUCCUUCUUCACUGUAAUGGAACGGGCAAGUCUGUAACCAACGGUUCUUCUGCAAAUAGCCACGCCCCCUCAGACAGAGACCCCACCCUGGAAGUGCAAAGCAAACAGGCUGGGGAUGGCCGGUGGUGGCACGAUGCGUCCUCGCUGCAACCGGCCUGGAGACAGCUGUCCUCCGUGGGGUCCCGAAUUCGCAUGGUGGCUUCGUCCGACAUGUGGGACCUCUUCCUGGUGCGCCUGCUGAUGGCCGUGGCCAUCAUGCUCUACUACAGCAACUUCUCCCUCGCCAUGGAGGAGCGCUUCUCGCUCAAGCCCAAGACCACAGGCUACCUCAUCAGCUACAGCAGCACGCUGGGGGCACUGGCGGGCUUCCUGGUGGGGCCCGUCACCAAGCUGUACGGCAACAACAUGGCCGCCCUGCUGCUUCAUUCUACGCUCCUCACCUGUCUGCUCAUCUUCAUAUACGCUGCUGCCCCCAGCGUGUGGCAGGUGCUACUAACCUCCACCUUCUUCGCCAUCUCCACCACCAUCGGGCGCACCUGCAUCACAGACCUGGAGCUGCAGAGGGGAGGGGUGCGGGCCAGCGGGACCCUGAUUGGAGCAGGACAGUCGGUGACCGCUGUGGGUCGAGUGCUGGCUCCUCUUCUCUCGGGCGUCACCCAGGAGUUCAGCCCCUGUGGACCCCCCAGCUUAGGGGUGCUGCUGGCACUGGCGGCGGUUGGCAUGCUCCUCGUUAGGAUCCCCAAAUGGAACAAGAAGUCAACUAAAUUAACUAAAAAGUAAGCAAGUCAAUGGACACUGCACUGAACUCUUCCUGCUGUGGACUGUAUACAUUUUAAUAUAUUUAAAACUUUUGUAUCUAUUUUAUUGUGUUUUUUAAAGGUGUCUUCUAAGCACCAUUAAUGGCUUAGAAUGACAUCACUGAAUAUGUGACAACCAAUAAAUAAUUUUCUAUCCAAUACACCUUAGUAUUAUACUUAAGCACACAAAACAGUA